AUGUCGGCACGGUACGAGCGGGUGCAUGCCCAGGAGGACGACUACGACUACGACGACCACGACGACGACCGCACCCCUGGCCACAACGACAGCCUCUUCUCGCCCAACCCGACCAUCCCCAACUCGCCGCCGCCGUCGUUUCGGUCCCGCACGUCGUCGCAGGCACCGACGAUUACGAGCGGCGGCCGACGGCGCGGCACCGCCUCCGUCCACACGACCAACUCGGUCGUCGACCCGGCGCUGGUCGAUGCGUUUGGCGACGACAAUGACGACAACAGUGACGACGACGACGGCGCGGAUGCCGACGACCGGCAGCGGCUGAUGCGCAGCCGGGACGCGCUGCGGCCGAUGCGGGCGCCGGCGUGGAUGACGCGGUCUGGGGCCGCAGCAGCAGCAGCAACGGAGACAGAAGAGUCGGACAGCAACGCGGCACCCACGCCAUCGACGUCGACGCCGUCGCCGGCGCUGGCACCGACACGACGACCGGCACCGGCGUCGGGCACCACGCCGACGCCCACGAGCGGCCGCGUCUACGGCGGCGGCAUCCAGUCAGACGGCGUGUUUUCCAACCUGACGGCGCGGCCAGAGCCGGGCGAGGAAAAGGACGAAUUGCCUCCGACCUACGAACAGGCCGCGGCCGACGUCGCCCCGCCGUACUGGGAGACGACGAUCCUGGCCCCGCACCUGGGCGGCCCCGACGACGUGUAUGUGGACGGCAUGCCCGUCGGGUCCGUGUUCUCGUUUGCCUGGAACGGCAUGAUCUCCAUGUCCUUCCAGAUUGUCGGUUUCCUGUUGACGUACCUGCUGCACUCGACGCACGCGGCCAAGAACGGCUCCCGUGCCGGCCUCGGCAUCACCCUGAUCCAGUACGGGUUCUACGUCAAAGGAUCCGGCGACGCCAGCGGCGGCGCCGGCAGCGGCAUGGACGCUGCCGGUGCGGCGGCCGCCAAGUCGUCCGACGGCUACGCGGCCCCGCCGGACCCGAAUGCGCACAAUUUCGACCCCAGCACGGUGGGCACCGGCGAUGUGUCGGGCGGCGGCGGAAGCGGCGGCAUCGGGGCGAGCCUGUCGGACAUUGCCAGCAGCGAGUGGGCCGCGUACGCGCUGAUGAUUGUGGGGUGGCUGAUUCUGAUCAAGAGCGUGAGCGACUUUUUGCGGGCGCGGCGGCACGAGCAGCUGGUGCUGCAGAGCCCGGACCGCGGGCUGGGCGUCGCGGUCAUUGCCGAGGGGGAGAACCCCGAGCGUGUCGUCUAG